UUCAGAAACCCAGCAUCAACGCACCACGUCUUAAUUUUUCUAAUUCUUUAACCUACAUUUCACACUUUGCCCGGAUCCUCGGCUGCAACUUUGGUAUUUUUCCUCUGUAAGAAAUCAACUUCUGCAGAGCACUUGGUGAAUAAAGAUCCAGCUUGGAAACCGCGCAGCAAAAAUGACCGAGACGGAAACGAGGGGCCACCGCGCCGACAAGCGCCAGAAAGCCGACGCCGCCACCUCCGCCGCGGCGGCAGAGACGACGUCGACGGUGGAGGAUGUUUUUGACGACACCUAUGUGGAGAAAGAGGGACCUAAACCGCCCAGGACGCCGGUGUGGAGGAAUAUCAUUCUCAUGUCCCUCCUGCACGCCGGUGCACUGUAUGGACUCGUUGUCCUCCCUUCCGCGUCUGUUCCAACUCUAGCAUGGUCUGUGGUGUGCUACCUCAUGAGUGCCCUCGGAGUGACGGCAGGUGCUCACAGAUUAUGGAGCCACAGGUCCUAUAAGGCUUCCCUCCCCCUGCAAAUCUUCCUCGCUCUCGCCAACUCAAUGGCCUUUCAGAACGACAUCUACGAGUGGGCGAGGGACCACAGGGUUCACCACAAGUAUUCGGAGACAGACGCGGACCCCCACAAUGCCAAGCGGGGAUUCUUCUUCUCACACAUUGGCUGGCUGAUGCUGCGCAAGCACCCCGACGUCAUUGAAAAGGGACGUAAACUGGAGCUGUCGGACCUGAGGGCGGAUAAAGUGGUCAUGUUUCAGAGGCGGCACUACAAGCUCUCCGUGGUGGUCCUUUGCUUCCUGGUGCCCACCCUGAUCCCCUGGUACUUCUGGGGUGAGUCCCUGGCAGUGGCUUACUUUGUCCCCGGACUCCUGAGAUACACUUUGGUGCUCAACGCCACUUGGCUGGUCAACAGCGCUGCACAUAUGUGGGGCAACAGACCGUAUGACAAGACCAUUAACCCGAGGGAAAACCCACUUGUUGCUUUCAGCGCCAUGGGUGAAGGCUUCCACAACUACCAUCACACUUUCCCCUUCGACUACGCCACGGGAGAGUUCGGCUGGAAGCUGAAUGUCACCACCGCCUUCAUAGACUUGAUGUGUUCCCUCGGUUUGGCCAGGGAGCGCAAGAGCGUGUCAAAGGAGAUGAUCGCCGCUCGCAUCAAGCGCACGGGCACGGGCGAGGGCAUCAAUAAAAGUGGCUAAGGCGCGCGACCCACCGCGGGCAAAAUUCUACUGUUGUGAUAUCGAUGUUGUCGAAAACCCGAGACGGAGCGUAGCAACAAGUAUAGCAGCAUUUCAGCGUUUGGGUGGUGAUUACCAAUGCCUCUGAUUAUAAGUUAAAACCUCCUCCCGAGAUUAAAACUGGCUUUUAAAGAGCUACGGACCUUCUCAUCACUUGUGUGGGUCUCUUUAUAUUUUUGUCCAUUCUCCAUAGCCAGUGACACAUGCAAGCACAGCAUUUUUUCAAAAAACAACAACAACAACAAUAAACAGGCACAAAAAGAAAAAAAUGGAAUGAAAAAGUCCGAUUUUCCGUCUUUUUCUUUGGCAGCGGUAGGACACACAGUUGAGUGGUUUUUGAGUGAGUGGUGUGUAAACGCAGAAAUUACAACAUAAUUUACUGUAUGUUAUUUAUUAAUGUGCUAUUUAUUAACAGUCAUUGGCACUUUUUUGAGAGCUUCUUACUGAAACCUAACAAACGUGUUGUUCAUGCCAGUCAAAGACUGAGCGGCCUCUCACUCAAACAUCCGUCUGUUGUGUGCUGUGUUGUUUCAUUCCACAGGGAGUGGAGUUUAAUCUCGGUAUUUGUCAGUUUUAAGCUGAGGUUUUCUAAAAAAUUUUAGCGAGCCCGUAGUCUUACUGAACAGAAAGCUGCUGAAUUCAAACGCCCCAUUUAUCACACUUAAAUAAUCCCCGAUAAAUUCGGGGGGAUGCGUUCACACCCGCCGUCUGCAAGUGGUUCUUAAUGAGGAUUAAUGAGAAUUUCUCUGGCGUGUGUGUGUGUGCCGUAUGUAUACUGCCGAUUUGAGUCAGACUUUGCCAUUAAUCCUCUCCAUUUAGACGCCACUGACGCCAGACUUUUUCACUUUUAACGUGAGAAGAGAGAAUUAUUUUCAUUACACCCAAGUAAUAAGGAUUCCCCUCUCCCUCCGAUAAGGCCAACUAGGCACAUGUUAAGAGGUGCUUUGAUCCUUUUUAAGCUCUGUGAUAUUGCUGAAGCAUUAUGCCAGGACUCUUGCCCAAAUGCCUUAUGAGGGGGUUGCACUUUUUGUUUGAAAAAAAAAAAAAAAAAUUUAAAAGAGGAGGUUAUUGAUGAAUAAAUUGUCCAUCGACCUGUUUCUAGGCAAACCGCGAAAAUCUAUAGUCCCGCGUUUACGAAGAAGAAGAAGAGGGACCUUUCAACGAAAACAGUGCUUUAUAACUACGAUUUUGUGUAAACCAAACGAAACACAAGAUGCAGUCUUGCUGUUAGAUCCUUAAUGAUACUGUUGUGAUAUUUGUCACCGCUCCCUCUUUUACAGAGGAGUCACUUUUGUUACAGUAUUAGACUUCUUGAAAUUGAAACGCCUUAAAACGGCACAUUUUUCAAAGAAUGUUUUUUUGGUUUGUUUUUUUCUUCUUCCCCACAGUAUGUACCAUGAGGAAAAAAAAACAAAAUUUUAUACUUGUGACAAAGUAUGUUUUGCUGGUUGGAAUUCUGUAAUACUCCUUAUUCAUAUACUGAAUUAAAAAAAUAUAUAUGAUCAUA